GUUGGGAGAGACAACCAUCAGCAUGGCCAAGCCUCACGGCGGCGCCAAGGCCGUCACCACCCCGCGCCCCCGCUCCUCCUCCGGCGCCAAGGCCGCCGCCGCCACCACCCCCGCCAACCGCAGCUCCGUGGGCUCCUCCUCGUCCGCGCCCCCCGCCCGCGACCUCGCCAAGGUAACCUAACCUCCUGCACCACCGCCUCCCCUCAAUCACCCGCGCCGCGCGCCUGAUCGAUGACCUCCUUGAGGCUCUUCCCGCUGCUCUCCAGGAGGCCGGCAAGCUCCUCACCUACGACGACGACGCCGCCGCCUCCGCCGCGCAGCAGCAGCCGGACCCCGCGCUGCCCGAGGGCCUCGCCGUCGCCGACCUCGCGCCGCCGCUCGACCUCCCCGACCCCGACGACGGCGCCUCCUCCUCCACCGUCGUCGCCGUCCCAACCCACGACGCGAUCCCCGCCCCCGACCGCUCCGCCCUCGCGCAGGUGCGAGCGCCUCGCCCGCUUCCCGGCCGAUUCCGCUUCGCCGGCGGUUGAAAAUUCAGUCCGCGCCGCGAUUUUGGGCUCCGAUUCGUCUGAUCUCGAGCGCUCUCGGGCUCGUGGGGUCGCACGUCCCGCCGACCCCGACGCCACCGCCACCGUCCUCACGGAGAUGGAGCUGGUCCUGGCGGAGCUGCGGGGUGCCCGGGGCCUGAGCGCGCGCUCGAGAUGCCUCCUGACGGCGCUCGCCGAGGCCGCCGCCGACGAGCUCGACCUUCUCCGCACGCGCCGCGCGGCCUUCUGGAGGAAGCUGCGCGUCGGGGUCCUCGCCGCGACGGUCUUCUCCGUGGCCGCCAUGGACGCCGUCCUCCUCGCCGCGCUCCUGGGCGGCCCCCGCGGCAGCGGCAGCCACGCGCUGCCCCCCACCUGAUCGCUCUGCUUCGCCGGUGCCGCCGGCCGCCUCCUGUUUUUAUCCUCGUUCAUCGAGACGACCAGUAGCUUGUUACGUCGUGAUGAUAAAAUAAUUACUGCACUUAAUAGGAGUAGAUCAGAUGAGAAAGAUGUGGUAAUUUCGUUGUUACUCCAUCAUGUGGUCGGUACAUUUCACCAUUUCAGUUAAGAAUUAGCUUCACUGGUAUUGAUUCGACGAUCAUUUUACAAGUGUAACAUCCCGAAAGAACUCCACUAUUCCCACCAAAGGAGGUGAUUGGGU